AUGGAGGGGACUCUAAGCCGUGAUGCAUCUCGGAGCAACCCAGACCUUUGGGAGGAUGACGGAGCUUCCUCCGUGUACUCUGAGGCGGAAGUCAUGGACGAGUCAUUGUGCAUUCGCAGCAGGGAAGAUCCGUAUGUCACCUACGAUUCUUACACACCCGAGACCGAUGACUACGACAUGCUCACCGCACCUUUGCUUCCAGCAAAGCAAUCCCAAGAGGAACUCGAAAGGAAGCAGAAGUCGGCACUUCGAAGCCGGAUUGCCAGAGGUGGGAGCUUGUCCGUCAUGACGCACUACCGAAAUGUCUUGGCCAAGAUGGAGGGCACCGACGUCGAACCUCAUGAAAGUGUUCCGUCCGUUUUCAAGAUCGCCGAGAUCAAUCGUGUACGCCUUCCGUCAAGUGACAGUCAGUCCACAGCCUUCGCCAGCUGGGAUACCGAAUCCGACUGCUCCACGCCAGGAUCGGGCACCAUGGCGGGCGUCGCUUUCUCCGUGAUGCCCUUCUUGACAUCGGACUUGCUGAGCUGGAAGGGCACCUCAUGGAGUACAACCUUCCCCUAUUCCCCCUAUGUGGGGUUUCAAUUGCAGCACUUUGCUGGUCUCUCAACCUACCCGGCGGGCUGUAGACCCCCGAUGGUUUCAAUGAGCAUGUGCGGCAAAUCCUGCUGGCAAGGGGACUACCGCUGCUUUUAG